AUGGCUUCUAAGGACAGAGAGGGCAAGAGCCAGUCCUCAAAUGCCGCUGGAAAGCGUAGAGAGAAGCUCAACCACCGACAACAACCCCAGACAGGCUCGCAGCCGAAGCCAGACUGCCUAGACAGGAAAAGUUACACGGUAAACCGCAUUGUACCUGUGAAAAACGGUGACGUGGUGACGGUUGCCAAGGCGGUGCACAGACGACAGUUUGGGAGGAGGGUCAAGGAGCUGUUUGACCCAGAGCGGAAGGCAGCGGUGAAAGCCAUUGAGACAGGUGUUUACAUCGGCUGGAGGUGCCCAGAGUACUCGUGGGACUGUUUUCGAGUGGAGGAUGCCUCCAAAUGCUUCUGCGGACAUCGCUUGUCUGACCACACACCCUAUACAGGUACCAGCGUGCAGGUGCCCUGUACCGCCCCAUCCUGUGAGUGCAAAGCCUUUGAAUUCAUUCCGUCCAGACCGGAGGAAGUGGGGGAGUUCUGGCUGAGGAAGCGGCCGGGGUUCGACGCGGAGUCCUGGCGGGCAGCGUGCCGCUGCAAGCACACCCACGAGGAGCACGCUCCGGGGGUCGGUCACGCCUGCAGGAGACGAGGGUGCCGAUGUGCAUAUUUUGAGUCCAGCUUCCUCUGCGCAUCAUGUGACAAGCACUGGGAAGAGCAUCAAACGUUCUUUGACACGGAAGAUUCUAGAAAGAAGAGGAACUGA